AUGCCAUUUGGUCGAGACGAUACGCACAAAGAUUUCAAGGAACUCAAAAAAAUUCCAAAGAGUAGUAACAAACACCUAUAUAUUGGCAUUAUGGGCACUGUCAUACCUGGCAUUCUUUUAGGCGGCUAUAUAGGCAAGAAGUUUGCCCAAUUUCUCGAAGUAUUCGAUCUAUAUACGCCCGAUAUCGUGGACGAUGAUGAAUAGAACAACCGUGGCACAGAUUGAUCUCCGACAUGGAAACCAAAAGAAUUUGGAUCAAGCAUGAGCACAUCCUGUUCGUAUGUAUGCUAAUGGGCCGCAUAAAACAGGCCAAACGGGAUGCUAGGAAAAGAGAUCAUAACAUCAACAUCAACAGCCCAAACCGGUAACCCAAACAAAUCGGAGCAAUAACUCCAGCAAUCAGUUGUAUCAUAAUUAUUCAACCAAUUUUAAGCAGUGAAUGUAUUUCUGCAUCACAAGUUUUUAAUAAAUUCAUAAAUGAA